AUGCCUCACAACUGGAAGUGUAGAGGUGGAUCUGAGAGUGACACUUUCAAUGGAAGUAUAGAUUUUAGAUGUCCUUUUGCAGACCAUGGGGAUCAUCGUAGAUUGAGCUCAGAAAGACAGAAAUUAAAAAUUAAAGAGAGAAUGAUGAAAACAACUCCAGUAAUUGUUGAGGGAGAAAGCCACACCAAUCUGCCCAUCUCUCUGUCUGAAGACAGAUCCAUGAAACCCUGCAUAUCUAUUAGAAGGAAGAAGAACCAACCUCAGAUUAAAGUACCACUCCAGUCUGUCAAUAAUCCCUCGUCCUCAAUUACUCUUCACACCACAGAGCUGAAUUCAGAAGGGAAAAAAAAGUCAAAUUCUCAACAAGACAAUACAAUACAAGAUGAACAGAAAAGCAAAGGAGUACAUGAAUUGGGAAGAACCGAUGCUGGUGUUGUGGAGAAUGAUACAUCAUUGACUGACGAAGGUGAAUUUAGCAAAGGACUGAAGGUGGACACAGUUAGUCAAUGUAGUAUCACAGAUGAUGAACAGCCAAAUUGGAUUCAUACACAGUAUGUGGAAUCAACUGCGAUUGCAGAAACAGGUGAUGGAAUUCAGGAGAAAUUUGACAGUGCAUCAAUGCAUAUAUUCGACAACUGGGAAAGCCUAACAUUAUCAGGAUCACUGAUUGAAAUUGAAACACAAGCCGGUCGACAAUUUGAUUUUGAGUCAGGGGCAGAUGGCUGCUUUACUAUAAAUUCUUCUGAAGUUGCUGAACUCAGCAUUGGGGACAAGUAAGAUUUUGCUUUGUUGCAUAAUAAUGAAAUGGUAUAUUUAAAAUAUGUAUUAGUACAGCAUUCAUGAAAUCAUAUUAAUAAGAUUCUACUUGUGCAAAUGCAUGUGAGCCUCCUGAAUGAAUGUAAACAUUGUCUGUAUUUAGAUCUGCUGCAAUGUAGAUGAAUUAUGUCAACCCCUGUUUAAAUGAAAUGGAAAGCCAUAGUCUCAAAAAUAUAGGUUGAAGGACUCUCUGCUAAGUCUGUUUAUUAGGCUUGUGGUGUAUCCCCAAAAGUCUAUACAACUUUCUCUGUUUUUUAAUGCAUUUAUAUG